GAGGCGCGCGCUUGCAUGGCUGUUGCAGACUACAAGAGGCAAGAGGAUGAGCUCAAAAAGGCAGAGAUGAAGGAUUUAGCUGCUGAUAAUAAGCUUUUCAACGAGACACUAAAGGAAGAAAAGCGUGUGGCAGCAGCAAAGGCAAAGAAGGUGCGUGAGUGUGAGCGUGCAGAGGAACGCGCAGCCAUCAAUGCGCGCAAAGAGCAGAGACGUAAGGAUAAAGAAGCUCGCAACGCUGCAAAAGCUCGCAAAGUAUCCCAAAGAGGCAAGUGCACAGCCUUAAAAGCUUCUUCAGUCAAACAGAAGCCUGCGCGUCGUGCUGUGGGUGCUUGUAGUCAUCCCAAGCCUGCAACGCCUCGUCUACCACGCGCAACUGUCACUACUAGGUCCAGCCGCACCGCCACGAAAUAUAAGUAA